UUUAAAAUCCCUCGUAUAUUAUUGUGUUGUUAAUUCCUUUGUUUUUUGGUUUUUUUUUGUUUUGGGGUUUCAAAAAUGGCAUCAAGGAAGAUGUUUUUCGGCUCAAAACCAAGAUAUAUCUACCCAACCAUGGAAUUUAAUGAUGUUAAUCUCUUCGAUUUCGACGAGGUUGAUGUCUGGAACAAUUCAAAUGAUCCGACAACGACCAACUCGGAACCCAAGAAGCCAUUGCCCGGUUCACGAGCUUCGUCUAAGAAAGUUUCCAAGAAGAUGGAGAUUCAGAUCAAUGAUAACAAUAAACACAGGUGUCCCCAAAUGGCAGCUGCUUCAGCUUCAUUGCCGGUCAACAUCCCGGACUGGUCCAAGAUUCUCAAAGCGGAAUACAGAGAACACGGGAAGACCGACGAAGAUGCCGUCUUCGGCGGCGGCGGAGAGGGUGAUGACGAAGGAAGGGUUCCGCCGCAUGAAUACUUGGCAAGGACGAGAAGGGCUUCGUUUUCGGUUCAUGAAGGAAUCGGAAGGACUUUGAAAGGAAGAGAUUUGCGUCGUGUUAGAAAUGCUGUCUGGAAAAAAACAGGUUUUGAGGACUAACCCGACAAAAAUAAAACCCAGGUUUAAUUUUUAUCUCUCUUUUUUAUAUACUUAUUUAGAGCAAGAAAUGGCAAAUUUUUAAUUGCCGUAUAUAUAUAUAUAUAUAAUCUGUUCUCUGGUUUUCAGUGUUUUGAGAUUCAUCAGAGGAUUUCUUUUG